AUGACGACCAUGAUCCAAUCCUAUUCUACUCAAACCCCAUCCUCUCUAAGUCUUGUUCCCUAUGAAAUUGUGUAUCAAAUUUUGCAAUUCAUUGAAUGUCCCAAAGAACUCGAACAAUUCCGACGAGUACAUUCCUCAUGGAAUGCCAUUCUCAAUUUGAAUCCGAACAAGAGCAACAACAACACCAACAACGGAGUAACUAAAACCAUCUCGAGUAUGUUUUGGAAAGAAAAGUUACAACAAUCCUCACUCUUAAAACAUGCUUGUUUUUCUCAGUUGAAUAACUCUCCAACAUCAUGCUUGAAUAAGGUUCCGACGAGUACAAUUUCAGGCCAUUCACUUCCCUCAAUCAUCACCCUCAAUAAGAGACAACAUUUGGUCAAUCAAUGGGAAAAUGAUGAUUGUAUUAAAUAUUGGACGAGUAAUUAUUUACAACAACAACAACAAACCAUUCCCAAUACGAUUCAUGCAAAUGCAAAUACAACAACCACUACAACCAUGGUAGAUCCUUCCAAGAAUAAGGUCUUUCAGGUAAGCUUGAAAAUGAAUGAAUGUGGAAUUCUGUUCAUUGAGUCAAGCUCUUGUGGUCAAGAUGCAACCAUGAUUGAUGUUGCUGCUAUGGAUGGCGAUUCUUAUCCAAUGAAUGAUGACAAUGUGCAUUCUCUUCACUGUAAAAACACCUACCAAGAUAUUAUUUUGUUGAAACAAUUGCAACAACAAUUGUUGGCUGUUCAUCAAGUCACUCGAGAACCUCACAAAAUGACAUGGAAAGAUCCAAGUACUCCAAGUGCAGUGAACUCACCUCUCAUUCCACUCGUUUUUGCCAAUGGUGUUCCAUCGAAUACGACCACCUCGCAUCCACUCACAAGUUUAGAAUUUAUAUGUCAAUAUUUGGGAGUUCAUUUUGAAUUGCACAAAUUACCAGAACGAACACUCCAUAAGAGAAUUCUAUUGAAUGAUAAUGCUGCUGUUGUCACCACUUGCUCACAAAUGGCUAAUGAAACAACAAGUACCACUAACACAUCAACGACUGGACAAACACCACUUCCUCAACAACAACAACAACGAAAUUCGUCACUACAUCCACUCGUAGAGAGAACUUCAUCUACGAUUGAUUUCAAACAAAUAUUUCCAUCCGAUCAAUUCAAUGCCGAGUUUUGCAAGGAUCUCUCGCAAUGGAUGACACAAUAUAUGGACAAUCCAACAUUGAUCAUGUUAGGAGUGACACAAUUGAAUCCCAUUCCAGUUUUGAUAGUGGGCGAGUCGAAGAGAGAGACUUUAAAGAACGAGCCAAACACCUCACCUCGAAAUAUUAUUGGUUUCAUUACAAGCACCUUUCGAGUUCCAGAAUUUGCAGAGUAA